AUGGGUUUCUAUUUCUACAGUGCUUGUCGUUUCCUCAUCGUCUUCUCAAAAGCUUCAACUGCAGUUGACACCAUUUCUCCAUCAGAGUCGCUCACUGAUUCCAUGACCUUAGUCUCCAGUGAAGGAAACUUUGUGUUAGGUUUCUUCUCUCCGGGCACUUCCAGGAACAGCUACCUGGGAAACUGGUUCAACAACAUCCCCAUGCACACUGUUGUUUGGGUUGCAAACAGGAUAAACCCAAUAAACGAUUCCUCUGGCUCGUUGAAGAUAGAAACUAGUGGCAGAAUUGUGCUUCAAGUUCAGAACACAACAGCUGUUUGGUCGACUAAUACGACAGCAAGUGUUCAGAAUCCAGUACUGCAGCUCCUGGAUUCUGGUAAUCUUGUUGUCAGAGAUAGAAACGAUAGUAACCAGGAUAAUUACUUAUGGCAAAGCUUUGAUUAUCCAGCAGAUACAAAUUACCAGGGAUGA